AUGAGGGAAUUACUAUACUUGGUGAUUGUGUUAUUGCCUAGGGUGGUGGUAGGAGGAUGCAGAGACAUAGGGAAGAAAGAAAAUGAGGAAAAAAGUAAGUUAGAGGUAUUUGAAUACAAAAUAUGUGCUAUAACGUUGAUCCUUGUGGCAAGCAUUAUUGGAGUUUGUCUUCCAAUUGUGGGGAAGAUGAUUUCAACUUUACGUUUUAACAACAAUAACGUAUUUUUCAUUAUCAAGGGAUUUGCAGCGGGUGCUAUUUUAGCUACCGGAUUUAUUCAUAUACUUCCCGAUGCUUUUGAAAGCUUGUCAUCUUCGUGCAUCGGUGAUAAUGCAUGGAACCACUUUCCAUUUCCUGGCUUCAUCGCAAUGCUUUCUGCAAUUGCAACAUUAAUGCUUGAUACUUGCGCAACUUCUUACUAUACUAGAUCUUUAUUCAAUAAGACUCAUCCCCUCAAUUCCAAUGAUGACGAGAAGAAUGAUAAAAUUGGAGCUCAUGAUUCUGUCAUUGAUGAUUAUUUUCAAUCUCAAUUUUUUCGCCAUCGAGUUAUAUCGCCGGUUCUGAAGUUAGGAAUCCUAGUUCACUCGGUCAUAAUAGGAAUUUCUCUAGGUGCUUCUCAAACUCUCAAGACAAUCAAGUCCUUAAGUGUGGCUCUGGUUUUCCAUCAAUGUUUUGAAGGAAUAGGAUUUGGUGGAUGCAUUGCACAGGCAAAAUUCAAGCCAAGAGUUGUAGCAAUAAUGACAGUGUUAUUCUCUGUGACAACUCCAGUUGGAAUUAUAAUUGGUGUUUUCAUUUCUAAUGUGUAUAAUGAGAAUAGCCGUAUAGCGCUUAUUGUCGAAGGAAUAUUGAAUUCGGCAUCAGCUGGAGUUUUAAUAUAUAUGGCUCUUGUAGAUCUUCUUGCUACUGAUUUUGUAAUACCAGAAAUACAAAGAAACAGACGACUUCAAUUUGUAGUUCAUCUCUCUCUUCUUUCUGGAGCUGCAUCUAUGUCUUUCUUGUCCAUUUGGAUAUGGCUUUUCGACCAUUUUAGGUUAUUUGAAGUUGAUGUGGCAACAAAACUGGGGGUGGCUGUUUGUGGUGCAAAUUCUGAGAUAUUUUUGUUCUUUGAAAUCUCAUUCAUGGGCAAAUCAGAGAUAGCUUGUGUUACAUUUUCAGGGAAGGAAUUAUGGGGACAUAUAGAUGGUACCUCCGUGAAGCCUACUGAUCCAGCCAUGGUUGCUGAUUAG